AUGGAAGAUGAAGUUUUGUCAGUGAUUGGGGAACAUACUUGUGAUCAAUUUGUGGAAGAACCUGUUCAAGUUAAACCAGACAAAACAAUUAAACGCAAAGCUGCUGAAGAUUUAUUUCGGAUUCCUUAUCAACAAGAGGUUAAAUGUUUGAAACGGAAAAUAUUUUACUUUCAAAGAGAGGACGACCUAAAUUUCACCAUAACGGAUUUCUUUAUUGCUUUGAAAAGAUGAAUAGU